UCUCAAUUCUCGGUCCAAGAUGGCGCUGCGCUCGGUCUUUGCUGCUUUGCGAACGGGGACAGAUUUCCUCACUAACGCUCGGACGGUUGUCACUACAGCGUUGCUGUGCCGCCGGGUUCCUCCGCUGGGUCCGAUGCCAAAUGAAGAUAUCGACCUUGCAAACCUGGAAUCCUUAGAGAAGUAUCGCACGUAUGGUCGCUACAUCAGACAAGCUGAAGGGGCAAAGAACAAACCAGCGUGGUGGAAGACCUACAGGAGCUACGUGGACAAAUUGGAUCCGGAGCACGGCGUGGAGCCCGUGGACAUCGGGCUGCCUCCUUUUCCAGCUUCUCGGUCCAAAGCGCAGAAAGAGAGGAAGCAGGUGAUGAAGGAGAAGAAGAAUGUGGAACAUGAGCGAGAGUGUCGUCUGCGCACGUUCAGGAUCCCUCUGGACCGGGUGCAGGACUGCUGGGAGAAGACCAGCGGCCCGUUUCAUGUACGGAGGCUCGCAGAACACUACGGCGUCUUCAGAGAUCUCUUCCCUCAGGCCCAUUUUGUUCCUUGGGUUUUACUCCGGGUCAACUACAGUCAGGACAGCAGCGUUCAAGUGCAUUAUGGGAAUCAACUGAUGCCAACUGAAGCGGCGACUGCUCCACACGUCAGCUUUGAGGCUGAGGUCGGCUCCCUGUGGACUCUUCUGCUCACCUGUCCAGACGAGCACCUUCUGGAUAACGAGGCGGAGUAUGUCCACUGGCUUGUGGGGAACAUACCCGGCGGCGCGGUGCACGACGGCGAGGAGCUGUGCCACUACCUGCCUCCCUUCCCUCCCAGAGGAACGGGUUUCCAUCGCUACAUUUACCUUCUGUUCAAGCAGGACGGACCAAUCAACUUCCAUCAGGAUGUGAGGCCGUCGCCAUGUCAUUCCCUCGAGCAUCGCACGUUUAAGACGGUGGAUUUCUACAGGAAGCACCAGGACUACAUGACCCCGACAGGACUGGCUUUCUUCCAGUGCCAGUGGGACGCCUCGGUUACCGACACCUUUCACAGCACACUCAACAUGAGAGAGCCAGUGUUCGAGUUUAUUCGUCCUCCAGUGUAUCACCCGCCACAGGUGAAAUACCCUCAUGGACAGCCGCUCCGUUACCUGGACAGAUACAGAGAUGGAAAGGAGAUGACCUACGGGAUAUACUGAUUAUUAAAGAAGACUAACGUGAAACUGAUUUAAAUACUUGUAUUAAAAUAAAGCAUUUUGAGUUGUCA